CCCUGCAAAAAUUCGCUGCCUCAGUUUUGUAACCCCCUUUGCAGUGGUACUGUUUCACAAGCCAAUUACAACAAGGCAGAUACAAUUACCCCCUUAAAACUGUCCAAGGAAAUUUACACCAAAAUGUCGAACGCGGGGACGACAGACCUAAGUUGGCUGCCCUCAGAUGCAGAUGAGCAACUCGCCUUAGGAUUCAAAAUUGUCACCAACGCAUACAAGACUAGGGUUACGUCCCAGGAGGCAGAAAUCAGAUCUCUAAAAGGACAGCUCACGGAGAAGCUGGAACAACUCUCGUCGAUACAAAAAAAAUAUAGCAACCUGGAGGUUCAGCUAAUCGAAUCAACACAGAGAGGGAACCAACUGGCGGACGAAAACAAGCAGUUGAUUACGACCAUUAAGAAGCUGAAUAGGGACAUCGACCGACUGGAGAAUCUUAAAAAGGCCGUCCUCAAUUCUAUCCAGGAGGAACAUGAUGUGGAGGAUGCACAUAAGUACUAUUCCGCGGACGACAUGCUGCAAACGACCGCCCCGAGAACAAUGCUCGAGAUUAAUGGCAAUGAAGAUUCCUGCCAAACGCUAAUUAACAAAAUUGUUAAUUCGGACGCGCAUAAUAUUAUCAACGGGAGCUUCAACUCGCCCUACCUGGGAGCAGGAUCCGCAGGCGAGAAGAACACAGACGGCAGGGCCUUCUUCCGCAACGCAAGGAGCAGACUGACAUACGAGCAGUUUAACCAAUUCCUGUCUAACAUUAAAAAGUUGAACAACCACCAGCAGAAGAGAGAGGAGACGUUGAAAAAGGCGCAAGCCAUUUUUGGUGAGGCGAACUCCGAUCUGUACGAAGAAUUUAAAGUCCUCAUUUCUAAGCAUUCUUAGGGAAGAUUUUUUGUGUGCAGCGUUUCUUCGGAACGUGCGUUCAACGUUAAUCUCAUUCCAUCUCUUUUUUUUCCGUUUUAUUUUUGUCUUUUUUUUUCUCCCUAUUUGUUUCUUCCUAAUUUUUGUUUUGUGCCUCCCUCCCCCCUUGCCCCCCUCAUUGAUUGCCGCAAAUUUUCUUUAAGUUCCGCCUAAUUAUUUCUCUACCCUAACAAGUGGGCUAAAAUGGGAUACCUGUUCAGGUACUUCUUUGCCGCCGUGCACACCCAACUUUUUUGCCAUUAGGUA